UUACUGAAUUAAAUAUAUUACUACUUGGAGAGACUGGUGUAGGAAAAUCUACCUUUAUAAACGCAUUUGCAAACUAUAUAAAGUUUAAAACCUUGGAUGAAGCAAUGCAUGGGAAGAUGGAUACACUAAUCCCAUCCAUGUUCACAAUAAUGGAUGCAUAUUCUGAACAGAAGAAUGUUGUUAUAGGCCAAAGUGAUGAAAAUGAAUUAGUUACAAACAAAGGAAUAUCCUGUACUCAAGGUUGUAGAAGUUAUAAAUUCAGAGUGGAUGAUAAUACCGAAGUGAGAUUUAUUGAUACCCCUGGAAUAGGUGAUACUAAAGGAUUAUAUGCUGAUGAAAAAAAUUUCGAAAAUAUUCUAAAAUAUAUUAGCCAAUUUGAUCAUUUGAAUGGAAUCUGCAUUCUUCUUAAAUCAAAUAGCACUCGAUUGACCAUAAUGUUCAGAUUCUGCAUACAAGAAUUAUUGUCUCAUCUUCAUAAAGAUGCUAGAAACAAUAUUGUUUUUUGUUUUACUAAUUGCAGAGGAACAUUUUAUGGUCCAGGUGAUACAUUGCCAGCAUUAAACAAACAAUUAUCGAAAACUGAUGUUAAAAUCAAAACUGAUCAAGAUGCAUUAUACUGUUUUGACAAUGAAGCAUUUAAAUUUCUAGCUGCUUACAAACAACAUAUAAUAUUUGAAGCAAAUAGCAAAAAAAUUUAUGCCGAAAGUUGGAAAAAAGCUGCAAAUGAGUUUGAUAGGCUUAUUCAAUAUUUCAAAUCAUGCUCUCCUAGUA